AUGCACCAACCACCGGGAUUUGUGGAUCCCACUAGACCGGGACACGUGUGUAGGCUUCGCAAAUCUCUCUAUGGGCUUAAACAAGUACCGAGAGCUUGGUUUCAACGGUUCUCUUCAUUCAUCACCAAACACAGGUUUCAAGGAAGCCUAAGUGACACCUCAUUAUUCGUUUUUCACCAAGAAAACUCUAUGGCAUAUCUUUUACUCUAUGUAGAUGAUAUUAUACUAACUGCAUCUAGUGAUUUAUUGCUUCGCCAGAUCAUUCAGCUGCUGUCCAAUGAAUUUGCUAUGACCGACAUGGGUUCACUUCAUCAUUUUUUGGGCAUUUCUGUCAAAAGAGACUCUACGGGCAUGUUUUUAUCUCAAUCUCAAUACGCUCGUGAUAUCCUGCAUCGAGCCAAUAUGACUUCAUGUAAGCCCUCACACACUCCAGUUGACACAUCGUCGAAGCUUAGUGCAACCGAAGGCAACCUACUACCUGAUGGAUCCUUGUACCGUAGUCUUGCCGGGGCUCUCCAAUAUUUAACAUUCACAAGACCGGACAUAGCCUAUGCUGUCCAACAAGUUUGCUUGUUCAUGCACGCACCUCGUGAGUCACAUUUUAACUUCUUGAAGCGUAUCCUUAGAUAUAUUCAAGGCACUAUCGACUUCGGAAUACGCUUAACUGCCCAAUCUGACCACAGUAUUGUUGCUUACUCGGAUGCCGACUGGGCCGGAUGUCCCGACUCCUGCAAAUCUACGUCUGGAUACUGUGUUUUCAUAGGUAACAACCUUAUUUCUUGGUCGUCCAAACGACAACCCACAGUCUCCCGUUCCAGUGUUGAGGCCGAAUACCGUGGCAUUGCAAACGCGGUGGCUGAAACAUCUUGGCUACGCAACCUACUUCUCGAGUUAAAAGUUUCCGUUACAAAGGCCACCAUUGUCUACUGUGACAACAUUUCAGCCAUCUACCUAUCUAAGAACCCCGUUCAACAUCAACGCUCCAAACAUGUCGAAUUAGACAUCCAUUUUGUUCGAUAA